UUACAGCGGCUUGGUAACUGAGCGCACCUGUGCUGGGAGACGAUGGCAACACUGUUCCUGGCCAGGCGAAGCGAGGCCGGGGUGUUGUGGGCUACAGUGAGCAUACCACAGCACGCGGCCAAGCGGGCAGCACGCGUGGUGACAGUGGUAAAGGCUCAGCAGCAGCAGCGGCAACAGCAGCAGUAAGCGAUGAAGGGGUUACUGUUUCUGACGGUGGUGGUGGUGACGGCAGGGCUGGUGGCCGGACAAUUUGGUUUCCCAGGUGCAUCGACCGGAGACGGGUGUAACUGCCAACCGCCCAAUUAUUGUGCCAUAGACUUCGGUAGAAUUGGGAGAGGCUGCGAGCUUAGCGAUGGCAGCCAGGGCGUCUGCUGCCCCGCAGCGGGCUCUGGCCCCAGUGGCCCGAGUAGCUUUGGCACAAGGAGCAGCGGUAUGCUCAACGUGAACACUAGAAAUGCCUUUGCCGCGUCCCGACCCGGAGUGGCAGAGAGCCAGCUGGAGGUGGGGGUGAGGGCCGGUGUGGCUGCAGUGGACAGCCUGGCUGCCUUGGAACAGUCAAUUGUCCAGAGCAGCAGCUUCUUGAGAAGAGGCACCCCGGAAUCCAACCACGUGCAUCAAUCCAGGAUCAGACAGAGUGCGCGUGACAUGGACAAGCGUGCCUGGGCCAUCGUAAUGGCUUCCUCCAAUGUGAUGCAGAACGAGGGCUUGACUAGUUCACAAGGCGGCUUGGGACUGCGAAACGUGCGUGUGUCGGAAACCUCCCUUAGGGACCGGUGUCCACCUACAGUGACGUGCAGGGAUCCCAGGAGCAAAUACCGCACCGCCGACGGCUCUUGCAAUAACUUACAGAAUGCAGCGUUCGGCCAGAGCAACACACCCGCUCAGAGGAUUCUCCCUCCCAUAUAUGAAGACGGAGUGGCUGGUUUCCGCGUCACUGGUGAGGACGGAUCUCCUUUGCCCAAUGUAAGAAGGAUCAGCAGCUCAAUAAUGGUUGACAUCAAUGAGCCGGACACCACCUUCACACUGUCCGUGAUGCAAUGGGCACAAUUCAUGGACCACGACUUCGCACAUAUACCUUUUCCUUCCCUUGAAAAUGGCCAAGGUAUUGACUGUUGCCCUGAGGACCCGAAUACACCGCUUCACCCUCGCUGCCAGCCUAUCGACAUAUCCGGAGACCCAUUCUUUUCCAGAUUCCGAAGGAAAUGUAUGAACUUCGUGAGGAGCAUGCUUGCCGUGGGUCCCGCAGAGGCCUGUACCUUCGGGUUUGCUGAACAGCUGAACCAACUGACCCACUGGAUUGACGGUUCCAACGUGUACGGCUCCGACGAGAACGAACAGCGAGCGGUGAGAAGCUUCCGAAACGGUCUGCUGAAAACCUCAAGGGGCAACAUGUUGCCCAUCAAUCCCGAACAACAGGGAGGAGAGUGUGAGGCGGAGCUGCGUAACGCUAAAUGCUUCCUUGCUGGCGAGUCCCGCGUGAACGAGCAGCCAGGCCUCACAGUCAUCCACACCAUUUGGCUGCGGGAGCACAAUCGCGUCGCCUCGGAGCUGCAGCAACUCAACCCUCAGUGGUCUGACGAGGAGGUGUUCCAGGAGGCGCGUCGCAUUGUUAUCGCCGAGAUGCAGCACAUCACUUUCAACGAAUGGCUUCCCAUCAUCAUUGGUCCACAAUUCGUGCAAGCAUUCGGAAUUCAGGCCAGUCCUCCGGGUUCGGGUUUCAGUAACGACUACGACCCAUCUAUCAAUCCAAACAUGAACAACGAAUUCUCUACAGCCGCCUUCCGCUUCGGCCACUCUCUUGUCCAAGGAAAAAUUAAUCUGAUCGGGCGGGACGGGUCGCUCAGCUCAGUACUCUUAAGGAACAACUUCAAUUCACCACACCUCAUCCAAAACGAGGGGCGCUUCGAUGACCUGGUGCGCACCCUGGUCCAGUUUCCCUCUCAGAGCUUCGACAACUUCGUCACCCAGGAUCUGUCCAACCAUCUAUUCCAGACUCCAGAAUUUGAUUUCGGUAUGGAUCUGAUGAGUAUCAACAUCCAUCGAGGGCGUGACCACGCCAUCGCCACCUACAACUCCAUGAGGGAGGCGUGUGGGCUACGUCGUGCUGUCAACUUCGAUGACCUCAGUGACCAAAUCAUUCCUCCGCUCAUCAACAGGCUGAAGGAUCUGUACAAGAGUGUGGAAGACAUCGACCUCUUCGCUGGCGGCAUGUCAGAGACACCGCUGGAUGGUGGUUUGCUGGGCUGGACCUUCACCUGCAUCGUGGGUGACCAGUACACGCGCCUCAGGAAGGCAGAUCGAUUCUUCUACGACCUUGGAGGACAGACUGGCUCAUUCAGGAGGAUCAACUGAAUGAGCUUCGCAAAUCGUCCUGGGCUCGAAUCUUGUGUGACAACUCGGAGCUGACAGCCAUGCAGCCUCUUGCCUUCCAGCUGCCUACUCAUAAACUAAACCGCCCACGUUCCUGUCAAACCCUCAGCAUUCCCAGAGUGG